AUGGCGAGGACGACGGGAGCUGCAGUCGCUAGUUGUCGGUACCAAAAUGUCCCCACUUCGUUGGAUAAAGAAUUACAGGAGCGACUGAGAGAGGCGUCUGCCAUCGGGGACAUCGACGAAGUGCGGACAUUGGUGGAGAGUGGAGUAAAUGUUAACUCGCAAAACGAGAUUAAUGGAUGGACGUGUCUGCACUGGGCAUGCAAGAGGAACCAUAAGCACAUAGUGUCCUACUUACUUAGUUAUGGAGCAGACAAAGAAAUCCUCACGGCUAAAGAUGAGUUGGCCUCGCAGCUUACAUCCAAACCAGAGAUCAAACGACUUUUAGGAGUUGAAGUGGAGGAAGUGCCUGAAGUCAAGGAGCCGGAGUUGCCAAUCAUCCCCAACUACCUGUCUAACCCGCCCUUCAUGUACUCCAAGCUGGAUAACAAGACAGAAGUCCUCCUGUCACAGCACCUGACGCAGAACGGCUCCGGAGAACACGCCGAGGACACGCACAGCGAUUCACCCUCCCUUUCCCCGACUCACGAGCCUCAGAAAUCACAGAGCCUGCUCUCUGACGGCCCCACUCCUCCCCCAAACCCCACCGGCCACAGCCAAGCCCAGGCUGGGGAAUUCAUUCCUGUGACUGAGCAAAAUGGCGUGUCACCCAGCCAGGCCUCGUCCCACAAUCAUGCCGUGGUUAACUGCACAGUGCCCAUGGAUCUGUCAGUGGAACCGCACCUUGUCAACCAUGCUGCAGAGUACCCGCAUGCGGUGGCACACAAUGGCACCAUGUGCUCGCCUCCGUUGGCCUCGCCCAGCCCCAGUUUGGCCAGCAGCAGUGGGAGCCAGGUCCAGGCCCCGGUGGCCAGCGCGAACCCGACCAUGAGCAGGCAGCAAUCUAUCCCACAGCAGCUGAGCUACGGCCAGGCGGGGGGGCCAAUGCCAGCCUUCCAGCCUUUCUUCUUCACAGGCACCUUCCCUGUCAAUGUGCAAGAGCUGGUGCUGAAGGUGCGUAUCCAGAACCCCAACGCACGGGAGAAUGACUUUAUUGAAGUGGAGCUGGACCGCCAGGAGCUCACCUAUCGUUCCCUUCUGAGGGUGUGCUGCCGCGAGUUGGAUAUCGGCGCCGAGCACGUGGAAAAGAUCCGAAAGCUGCCGAACACCAUGUUGAGAAAGGACAAGGACGUAGCUCGGCUGCAGGACUUUCAGGAGCUGGAGGUUGUGUUGGAGAAAGCAGAGGGCCUGUCCCUUUUCUCUGGGACUGGGGGCCUAACAGACAGACCCUGCUACAACAUGAAGGCCUCCCGCCUCACCUACUAGAGCUACCACAGAGCCUGAGGUCUCCCCCCCGCUUAUGAUGGGCUUCUGUAGCUACCCUCAAGCAACCAUAACUAGUUGCCCGCCCAGGUCCCUUGUUACAGCUUUGUCCGGCUUUGGUGUUUCGCCAAUUUCCUAACUGGGAUUUGUUUUUUUCAACUUCUGUAGCUAUUGUCCUCCUCCUGUCCUCCUCUGGCCUUCCUGCCGCUUUAGUGUACCCAACCAGUUGUAAGCGAUUACUGAUGCAUGGUGUCCUCGAUUAUGUGCGAAAGUAUUUGGGCCCCCUUUCUCCUCUCUCUAUCUCUUUCUCUCCGCCCACUGCACUUUGUGCCAAGGCUCCAGAGGGACAACAGAGGGAGACAUUGGCUUGUCUUCCUUGCGGACCGGACUUGAAUGGGAUUCUGUAAUAGCCUUAUUUGGACAUGUCCCUACACUGGCUGCGGACUAUGGUCACAAGAGGAAAAGGCUGAUAAGACAAAGAGCAGAGGACGACAGGAAGGAUUUACAUAACUUACCGAUAAGUUCAUCAUCAGUCCACAGGAUAGGACAAGUCGGACUUGAACAAAGCAUCUUGAAUUUCUAGGAAAUUGACAUACAGAGUGUUAUCAAAUGUUCUAGCUGGCGUACACACUUUCAUACAUGCUGUAGGCAUAAACCUUAGUGUCUUUCCUGCAGAGGGCAUCCAUUACUGGCCUGAUUCUUUAGGUGGAGGGAAUCUCACACCAGGUGAGACUAAGGUAUCUCUGGACUAAUAGUUAUUCUAUUUGCUGACCACACAUACAGUAUGCUUUAAUCUAUAUUCACACAAAUGGACACGUCUGAGUAGGAGUACCGGUUUCCCUACAUAUUUAAAUCAUUCAGUCAUUCACUGUGGAAAAAGAAAUUAUUAGUUUUGUCCGAAUUGUUCUCUUUUGUGUCUUUUCACGCCAGAGAAAUUUAUAUCUUAGAGAUAAAUGUGCAGCAACUAUUUUUUUUUUCUUUUCUACAGUGUGUUAAAAUUCUGCUUUGCAGGGUGUGCGAUUAGGUUCAGUCAGCAUAACACUCAAACUGUCAACUGUGAAGUAUUUAUUUUAAGUUUUUUUAAUUAUAUUGAAUCUUACUAAUGAAGCGACAUUAUGUGCUUUAGAGUAGCGAGGCUUGAGACCCGGUAAAGGUUGCGUACGAGGCUCCCACUUUACUAUAAGUUAAUUUCAGUUGCUGUCCUUGUGUUUAAACUGUGAUUAGAAUAAAAACCAAAAACUAAUCUAGCCAGCAAAGAUACUAACUGCAGAACAAACUAUCACUGCUUCAGAAAAGAAUGCAGCCAUGUUACAUUUUUUUCUUUAAUUGAAAAGAAAGGAAAUAAGAUAUAGCAAAGGUUGUAAUCUGUGUUUGUGACACUUGGAGUUACGGUUAAGUGCUUCCUUGUUCCUCCAGCACUAAUCGAAGUUGUGACACCUCAGUAUGUCACCUCAGUUUGAACCAAGGCUAUCUAUAUGGUGAUGAGAUUUAUUGAAAUUAUCAAUAUAUAUGGCUUCAGUUUGGUUGUUAAGGCCAGUAUAGCGCUAACAAUACAUUUUUAUGCUAAGAAAAUAAUAAUAAGAAAAUUUCGAUUUAAUGUUUUCUAUAUAGUAGCCUAAUCAGAGGUGUUGCUGCCUGACUUGAAAAUCUAGUGUGUAGGAUUUUGGGGCAUCUAUUGGUAGAAAUGGUGAACAAUAUUGAUAGCUAUGUUUUCUUUAGCGUAUAAUCACUUCAAAGUAAGAAUAGUUGUGUUUUCGCCACCUUAAAAUGAGCCGUCUCCAUCUACAUCAGUGUUGCCCACAGAAUUGUUGAUCUUUGAAUGAAGUGCAGGCUGAGCUUGUCAUGACUUUGUUGAGGGAUGGAUAAUUAAUCUGUCGACCCAGUCAGAGCUGAUCAGAUGGAUGGAUGAGGCGAGUGAAAGCAAACUUUCAGACACAGCGCAAAGAGCUAUCAAGUUUCCCUUCAGCUGCGCUGACCUUCUGCUGCUCCGUCUGUGCCCAGAGUACACUCUGCACUCCGAAAGUGUGGUGACAUGAAUAAUCAGUGUAUAUAUUCCAAUAGUGCUCCUAAUGAUGGUCCAUCUCCAAAAAUAUAAAAUCGAUAUGUGGUGGCAGAUGUUUUAAUCAUGGCGGGCUGCCACAAAUAAAACCCUGUAAUAACAAACGGGGUCCUCCGACAUGUUUCUUCUACAGUAGCCCAGAACGGACAAAUCAAACACUGGCUCUAGACCAUGCCAUUCACAUUUUUUUUCGUAUCGGCCACCGUAGUUCUUCGCACGCUUGGCACACAAGAGGUUUUUCAGUUCUACAGUCUCACCACUAGAUGCUCUCUAAUCCUUCACACUGGACCUUUGAAUAGAGACUGACAAGAUGAUGACACUAAUGACACAUUCUUGUACUGUACAUGAGAGAUUGAACAGGUCAAGACGCACAGUUAUGUUGUGUCAGAUGAUAACGUUCAUGCUGCUUUCAUCAAUACUUAUUAUUCCUUAUAAUUCUCAAUGCUGGGGCUCAUUUAUUUGAAGCAGUGCAGUAGGCGGCCGCUACACACGUCCUACAAUCAAAAAGUUUCUUCCCAGUGGUAACUGUUUACUGUUGAAAUGUAUACCUGAAGCUCUUACUGUAUUUGUAUGUUUUAUGAUAAUUUUUUUAUUGAUUUGUAUAAUUUUUUUAACCAGUUAGGCCUGUUGUGUUCGUGUCAAAAAAAAAGUCUAAUAUCGUGCAAGAAAGAGUUCAACAGUGGGAUGCCGUUGUUGAAGCCAAGUGCAAUGUUUGUGGGGGGAAGAGAAUGUGUUGCCGGAAAGUUUGCUGUGAGAAGAAAGGACUACCAAGAGUGCUUAUUUUCUGUUUCCAACGAUGUUAAAUGCUUUAUUAAGUGAAGUUGUGCCACAUGUUUGAGGCAGGAGCUCGGUUGAGAAAGCGGGACAGUGUGUGGAGAGACAGCCCCCCUGGCUGUUUGGUGUGCAGGGUGAGCGAGAGCAGCGUGUUUCAAAAUGGGUUUUCAUAGGAUCUUCUGUGAUUCUGUGAAAAGCAGAUGACUAACAUUGUAUUUGAUGGGUUGCUUAUUGUUCUAGAAAAAGCAGAAUACAGUUUGACUUAACCUAUGCAUUCAGAGUCUGAUAUUUUUAUAUACAGUACGUCCUGUGUACUUGUAGAACUGAUCUUAGGCACUGUUAAAGUUGUGUUUUUUCGUUCUGGAGACCUGUAUCUGUUCUUUGAUAAAGCAUGGUGAAUUAACCUCCUUCUUUUUCUCUCAAUCUGACCUUGUGUCUUCUAAAAGUAUAUUGUGAACAACUGACUAAUUGAGGUAAUAUUAUGUAAUGAGAUUAAAUAUCUGUCAUAAUGCUCACUUUAAAUGAAGGGACCAGUUACACGUUUUGUUUGAUUUCUGUUGCAGGUUAUCCUUUGUGUGUACCUGCAUGUGUGUGCUGGAUGUUAAGGUAAACUCUCCAUCAAUUCAUGUUUGUUUCACCCGAGGGCCAGUAGAGGGAGCAAAAGAGCGAAUAUUGGCAUCAGAUGAGCUGUAGGUAUGCCACUGAGUCAUAUAAGAGGGUUUUUUUGCUUGGAUUUAAUUAAAUUCAUAAAAAGUAUUUUAAAACUUGCUGUUUGGAAACUGGUCCAUUUUAUCUUUUU